AUGGCGCCUACGAGGCCACACGACGAUUCAGAGAAAAGGGUGAAGAAGCAGAAGAAAGGCUUCAACAUAGGACCCGCCAAUCUGCCCGACGGCACACAUAGGCGCAAAGUGCAGAAGAUCAAAAAAGACCUCAUUCACAAAGCAAAGGUCAAGAAGGAAUAUGCCAAGUUGAAGGCGCGAGACGAAGCCGAAGCGACGACGCCACACAAGUCCGUCUACGACCGCGAAAGCGAAGCCAACGAUGAGAAGGACGAGCCUACCGAGCCGGCACCUGUGCCCAGCUUGGAGCCACACCCAGACCGAGUGAGGAUGCUAGAGGAGGAGGAGACACCAACACCUAAGCACGACCAAUCGACAGAGCGGCGAACGCGACGGCCUCGUCCACAGCCCUUCAAGAAGGAGACUGAAUUGGCGCAGAAGAAGAAAGAGGAGGCUGAAGCGCGACAGAGGGCCAGGGAAGAGGCAGACAAGGAGCGCACCAAGAAGAUUGCAGAACGGGAGCGCUUCAGGAAAACCAUGGCCAAAGCUAGGGGAGGGCCGGGUGGCCAGAGGAAGCUGGGUCGCGAAAGCACGGUGCUGCUCGCAAAAGCACAGAGACUCAUGGGCAAAACCUGA